GUUAUAUUUACUUUGAAACUGCUGAGAUAAGUAGUGAUAGUGAUACUUCAAUAAGCAGUAAUGUUAGCGAAUUAAGUAAUUCUUCGACGGAAAGCAAUUGGACAGAUGAAGAAGAUGUGCUUUUUUUUCCUUUAAUGAAAUAUCUAACUUCUGGAGUGAAAAAAACAAGGGUUGAAAAUUACCUGGCAAUUGUAGAAUCUUGGACAGAUUUAGAAUUCAAAGAGCAUUUGCGAUUAUCAAGAAGAAUAGCUUAUCAAUUAAUUCGUAAGAAAAGACAAUCUCCUCUUAUUCCGCAACAUUCAUUUGGAAGAAAACCAAUCUCAGGAAAGCUGAGUUUUUUGAUAUUUUUAUGGUUCAUGGCCAAUACAGAACCAUUAAGAACAAUUGCAGAUCGCUUUGAUGUAUCCAUAUCAUCAGUAUUUAGAAUUAUUCGGCGAGUAAUCGCUUGGAUUUUAACUAAGAUGGAUAUUAUUAAAUGGCCAGAAGAUGAUCAUAUUUGGACUGUAUGCGAUAAGUUUUUUCUAAAAAGAGGAAUUCCAAAAGUGUUAGGAACAAUUGACUGCACUCACAUAUGCAUAGAAAAACCUGCUGUAAAUGCAAAUAAUUAUUGUAAUCGUAAAAAAUAUUUUUCUAUAAAUCUACAAGCUGUAGUUGAUUCUGAAAUGCGAUUUACAAAUGUAUAUUAUGGUGAACCUGGAUCUUUACAUGAUGCUCGUGUUUUAAGAAGAUCUUUCCUUUAUAAUGCAGCAAAUGAAAGUAGAGAAACGUUAUUUCCUCAAAAUACUUUCAUAAUUGGUGAUUCAGCAUAUCCAUCAUUGCCAUGGCUUGUGCCACCAUUUCAUGACAAUGGUCAUUUAACUCCCCAGCAAAUAGAAUUUAAUUACAUGUUAUCAUCAACAAGAAUAGUUGUUGAAAGAACAUUCGGUUUAUUAAAAGAAAGAUUUCGUCGCAUAAAAUUUUUUACCGAAUACAGACAUAUUAAUUUUAUUACAGAUGUUGUUAUUGCUGCAUGUAUUUUACACAAUUAUUGUAUAAAUGAAAAUGAUAUUGACAUUGAUGAAUAUUAUAAAGAUAAUGAUUGUAAUGAUGAUGUAGUCGAUAAUAUUAAUGAAAAAGUCGAUAAUAGAAUCGUGAUGGAUCGAAAAACAAUAUUAUUCAACGAGUUAUUUUCUUAA